AUGAGGGAAAAAACGCAGUGUUGCGGAAGAAAUUGGUGUGUUAGCGAUCCUUGUGGAAUCGCUUGUGCAAUAGUGACAUGGCUUCUUCUCAUUUAUGGCCAAGUAGUUAUCUCAAUUGUAAUGUUAUCUGCUUGGGAGAAGUACACCUUCCACACAGCUAUUAACUUCUUAUUGUUUCAAAUUUUUUUUGUUUUAGCUUUUGUCAGUCAUAUCAAGACUAUGUUAACUAAUCCUGGUGCCAUACCUAAAGGAAACGCUACAGAUGAACAUAUCGAAAGACUACAAGCUGCAGAAGAGAUGAGAGUUUUAUAUAAAUGCCAAAAAUGCUGUAGUAUCAAACCUGAGAAAGCUCAUCAUUGUUCCGUUUGUGAACGAUGCAUUAAACGUAUGGAUCACCAUUGUCCAUGGGUUAACAACUGUGUCGGAGAGGGAAACCAAAAGUUUUUUGUCUUGUUCACGCUCUAUAUUGCUCUCCUAUCAAUGCACGCCCUUUACUGGGGAAUAUGGCAGCUUAUACUAUGUGUUGGGAAUGAGUGGAACGAAUGUAGUGCCAUAGGACCUCCGGGGACAACUCUUCUAUUGAUUUUCCUCUUAUUUGAAUCGAUACUCUUCUCAAUCUUUACCUUAGUCAUGUUUGGGACUCAAAUAUCGGCCAUAUGUAGUGACGAAUCGACUAUCGAUGCCAUGAAAAAUCCUAAAGUUGAAAAAAUCAAAGGCAAAUCAUGGAAAAACUUACAGUAUGUGUUUGGAGGGCCUUGCACAAACCAGCGUUUGAAUAUUCCGUAUAAUCCGGAUGUUUUACUUAAGCAAGUAGUACUAGUCAUGUUGCGAAUGUUGUGGAGACCUGAAGAAGUUUUUAGACAAACAACGUUAUGCAUAUAA